UUGACUCUUUUAGCUAGGAUGACACGUGUGUGAGGCAGGAUUGAAGACUUGAUUGAAGUCUAGAAUUUGAGGUGGGAGAUAGCGGAUCGGGUCAGUCAUCUUUUUUUGAGCAUGGAGUCGCUCUUCCAAGAGAUUGGCUUGUCCGAGACUAAGGCCAAAGAGACGAUCAAGAAUGGCAAGCUCGCCGCAGCCUUGAAAUCCGUCAUCGAAGCGGCCAAGAAGGCCGGUGACGCCGGAUCGAAACCCGAGAAACUAACCGCCUGUGGACCUCUCUUGUACAAUGCGGCCGCCAAAAUGAAGCCGCAAGUGUUUCAUCACGCCCCUUUUCUGGUUCAGUACAUCAUGGAGGGGAAAAUCGAUUCCGAAGUCCGCUUGGCUGCGGCUUUAGACUUUCUGCUCAAAAACCCGGGCCAGAAUAUUGACCCUGUGGCCUUUGAAGGCCAUUGCGGUGUCGGUGUUCAAGUCACGCCCGAACAAAUCGAACAGGCCGUGGAAAAAGUCUUGGCUCAAAAUCGGGCAGAGCUGCUUGAAAAGCGAUAUCGCUUCCAAUCCGGCAUUUUCAUGGGCGAGAUCCGGAAAGUGUUGCCCUGGGCCGAUGGUAAGGCCGUUAAAAAUGAGAUCGACUUGCAAAUCCUGGAUCUGUUGGGCCCCAAAACCGAGGCUGACAUGGCUCCUUUGCCCAAAGCGUCCAAGAAGAAGCCCGAACCGGAGGCCAAAGCGGCUCAAGCCAAAAAUCAAGGGUCAGAGGCUAAAGGUCAAAUUAAGACUCAGGCCCCGGCUAGAAAUAAUGCGGUAGAAAGCGAGGAGUUUGAAAGUAUCGCGGAGCUUAUGAAGACCAAGGUCCAUUUCCAUAAGCCCGGGCAGAAUUUUACCACGGAUGGUUACGUGGUGACGCCCAAAACCCAGGAGCUAUUAGCCGCGCAUUUGAAACGCACCAAUGGGCGUGUUCAAACCCGCUUCCCACCCGAGCCGAAUGGCCUGCUGCAUAUUGGACAUGCUAAAGCCAUCAAUAUCAACUUUGGCUAUGCCAGCGCCCAUGGGGGAGUUUGCUACCUACGUUAUGAUGACACCAAUCCCGAAAAAGAGGAGGAAAAAUUCUUCCUCGGCAUCAAGGAUAUCGUGGAAUGGCUCGGUUACCAACCCUUCAAGAUCACACACUCUUCCGAUUAUUUCCAGCAGCUCUAUCAAUGGGCCAAGGUGUUGAUCGACAAAGAUCUGGCUUAUGUGUGCCAUCAAAGGGUGGAAGAUAUCCGCGGAUUCAACCCGCCACCUUCGCCUUGGCGGACCCGUCCUCGCCAAGAAUCGGUCCAAUUGUUCGAGGACAUGAAGAACGGCAAGUUUGACGAGGGUGAAGCCACUCUAAGGCUCAAGCUGACUCUGGAGGAAGGCAAACAAGAUCCGGUGGCUUAUCGCAUCAAAUACGCCCAUCAUCAUCGGACCGGUGAUCAAUGGUGUAUUUAUCCCACGUAUGAUUACACGCAUUGCUUGUGCGAUUCCUUGGAAGAUAUCACGCACUCCCUGUGCACGAAAGAGUUUCAGAAUCGCCGUUCAUCCUACUAUUGGCUGUGCAAUGCCGUGGACACGUAUUGCCCCGUUCAAUGGGAGUACGGUCGUCUUAAUGUCAAUUACACGGUGGUCAGUAAGCGGAAGAUCGGCAAGUUGAUUACAUCGGGCAUCUGCUCUGAUUGGGACGAUCCACGUCUGUUCACUUUAGCGGCCUUGCGAAGGCGAGGAUUUCCUGCCGAAGCCAUCAACGCUUUCUGUGCUAAAAUAGGCGUAACUGGAGCCACGAUGACUAUUGAUCCGUCCAUGUUGGAAGCCGUGAUUCGCAACCACUUGAAUAUCUCAGCCCCACGCACGAUGGUCGUACUGGAGCCCCUCAAAGUGAAUAUUACCAAUUUUGUGCCAGGAAUGAGUUACGAGAUCGAGGUGCCCGACUUUCCGGAUAAUCCAGAGAAGGGUAGUCACAAAAUCACUUUCGGUCAGUGUCUCUACAUUGAAAGGUCCGAUUUUAAGGAUUCAGAAGAAAAAGGUUAUCGUCGACUUUCGCCCAAGCAAAGUGUGGGUCUUCGAUAUGCCGGAUAUGUGCUCAAGGUGGUCAAAGUGCAUAAGGACUCUGGCAAUGAAGUCUCAGAAGUCGAUGUCGAGGCUACUCCCGUGGACAAGAUCACAGAGAAGCCCAAAGCCUUCAUCCAUUGGGUGUCGAAUCCUUUGGAGAUCGAAGUUCGUCUUUAUGAUACCCUGUUUCUCCACAAGAAUCCAGAAGAUCCCAAUGAGGUGCCCGAUGGCUUCCUCAGCGAUAUCAAUCCCAACUCUUUAAACACUCUCAAAUCUUACGCCGAUGGUUACCUUUCUCAGGCCAAGACCUACGAUCGGUUCCAGUUCGAAAGAACAGGAUUUUUCACCGUAGACAAAGACUCUCGGUCUGACUUGAUCGUAUUCAAUCGCACCGUAUCUUUGAAGGAAGAUGCAAAAAAGUCCUAACUUGUCCGUAAAGCGAUUAAUAAAUAAAACCUAUUCAACGAAUCAAUCCACUUUCACGAGGUUUUCAAGUGUGCCUACAUCUCGAUUUUCAG